AUGUGUUUGAACACUGGACAUGGACAAUACACAUGUGAAUGUUCGGAUGGCUAUUCGGGUGUCAAUUGCGAAAUUGAAACACGUGAUUGUAGCGCACAACCUUGUCUUAAUGGAGGCACCUGUCUGGAGAAAGGCGGUAAUUACACAUGUUUGUGCCCCAGAGGCUACAGUGGUCGACAGUGUCAGCUGAAAGCUACUUCGUGCUUGGAUAAUCCUUGUCGAAAUGGAGCUAUUUGCAAGGACCUUUCCGAUGGCUUUGUGUGCCAGUGUCCGACUGGUUGGACGGGACAUAGUUGUGAAAUUCGCGUUAAUCCAUGCAACGGAGAUGUUUGCUUCAAUGGUGGCAAAUGUGUGGAACGGAUGAAUGUUGAUGGAUAUGAAUGUAUAUGCACAAUGGGAUUCUUCGGAAAGAACUGUGAGCUGAGCGCACGAGAAUGUCCAGUGGUUUGUUUUUGA